CGUCUAUCAAAUGCAAUUUUCCACUCGCCGCAUGCAUUAGUGGAGUUCAGUAAAUGCUUCACAUGCCUCUCCUCCAAUCUUGAUUCUCUAGUUCCAUUUUCAUCUUUGCCCCUCGUCGUGUCGCUCUUCGACCGACUUCCCUGCCCAAUUUAUCGACACCGCUCCCUCACCACAACCCUCCCUCCUCUCUCAUAAACCGCCCGCCAUGCUACCACGAUAACACUCAUUUCUAUUGACCUGCGCUUUUGAUAAGGUCCACCUCCUUCGAUCAACGGAUGGCGGCUUUCAACAAUGAUAUAACCCCCGGGGCUGGGCUGCAGCAGGUGGAUAAAGCCAUGACACUGAGCAACGACAAUCAAACGAAACCUAGCCAGAGUCUGGAGGCUUUCAAGGACAUUGUCUUUGGCUCCACGGCUGGUGUCUUGGGGAAGUUUGUGGAAUAUCCUUUUGACACAGUCAAAGUUCGUCUACAGUCGCAGUCACUUCAACCUGGUGCACAACGACUUGCUGGACCCCUCGAAGCAUUUUCUGCCGCCUUUCGAAGCCCCGAAGGCCCUCUCAUAUCUUUAUAUCGAGGCAUCAGUGCCCCUCUCGUCGGUGCCGCCGUCGAAACUUCAUCCCUCUUUUUCAGCUAUCGUGUUGCACAAGAUCUCCUCAUUAAAUACACACCUUCACUUGGACGCUCAAGAGACGAUGCCUCUGGCAAAGUCGAACUGCCAUUCUCAGCCCUGGCUGCAUGCGGUGCUGCCUCGGGAGCCUUCACCUCUUUACUCUUGACGCCAAUUGAAUUGAUCAAGUGUAAGAUGCAGGUCUUGCCACCUUCUCAUAUUGCAAAAGAGUUGGGUUAUUCUGUCAACAAACCUCCUGGGCCGCUGCAACUCAUCCGUAUCACCUUUCGCAACCAUGGUCUCAUGGGAUUCUGGCAUGGACAAUUAGGCACAUUGAUCCGAGAGACUGGAGGAUCUGCAGCAUGGUUUGGAUCAUAUGAGGGUGUCAAGAUUCUCUUUCUCAAAUACGACCCCUCAAUCAAUCAAAUCUCGGAUGUCAAGGUCUGGCAGCAGAUGCUUGCUGGUGCAGCAGCUGGAAUGUCUUAUAAUUUUGCCUUUUAUCCGGCCGAUACGAUCAAAUCUCGGAUGCAGACCUCCAACACCGCAGGUAUUGGUGCAACACAGCUAUCUUUCGCCGCAACUGGGCGAGAGCUCUGGCGUGAGCAAGGACUCAAAGGUUUUUAUCGAGGUUGUGGCAUCACCGUCUUUAGGGCAGCACCGAGCUCAGCCAUUAUAUUUAGUAUUUAUGAAGGGUUGAGAAAGUAUUUCGGCUGAGACAGGAGCCUUGGUAGGGCUACACCCACUGCGAUCCAUCGUCGAAAAAAGCAUACCACGAACAACCACAACAACAGAAAAUUAGAUCGAGGGAUUCCGGUCCUUGGCCGACAAAGGACCUGGGAAAGCAUUCUUUGCCACGAAGGAUCGGUCAUCCUUCAAACAGAGCCACUCAAAUGAUCAAGCAUCUACUGGGGAGCAUUUAUGAAUAGGGGAGCAAGAAACUCAUGCAUUAAUGAUUGGCGUUGGAAGUGAUGAGCGACAGGUUCAAAAGAUGAAUCUAUGAAAUGCAAGCAUGAAUCUAAAGCAUCUAGAAGUGACGCAAAACUGGGUAUAUAUCCGAAAAUGGCAUGAGAGUAACAUGACUGGAGCUAGGUAGUCGUGGAGAGACCGAGCUUGGUGUAUAUAGAGAACCAAAGGGCGCAUUCAAACUAGUGAUAUUAACGAUCAACAGUUCAACGCGUGUCCGAGGCUGAGUGGUAC